CCAUCACUCACCGUAUAUAACGUUGCCCUUUGAAGCUCAGCAAGCUUCUCUUGUUGCUUUCGCCUCUUCUUCUUCUUUCACCUUCAUCUUCAAGACCUUUAAAGGAGGGAAACAAAGCAGCAACCUCGCUUGUCUGAUUUUAUUCCGAUAUGGCCAGGAACGGAGUCGUUUCGUGGCGGAGGAGGUCGGAGAAGCUGGAAGGCUUGGAUCUCUGCAAAUCCGAAAAAGCUCACGUACUCGCCGUCGAUGACAGCCUCGUCGAUCGCAAGGUCAUUGAGCGCUUGCUCAGAAUUUCUUCUUGCAAAGUGACCGCUGUGGACAGUGGUAUGAGAGCUUUGCAAUUCCUAGGUUUGGACGAGGAGAAGAGCACCUCGGUUGGUUUUGAUGGCUUGAAGGUGGAUCUAAUUAUCACCGAUUACUGUAUGCCUGGUAUGACCGGAUACGACUUGCUCAAGAAAAUCAAGGAGUCCUCGACUUUUAAACAGAUUCCGGUUGUGAUUAUGUCAUCGGAGAACGUUUUGGCGCGCAUAGAUAGGUGUUUGGAAGAAGGAGCUGAAGAUUUUAUAGUGAAGCCGGUGAAGUUAUCGGACGUGAAAAGGCUUAAAGAUUACAUGACGAAAGACGUGGUUACCGGAGGAGUAGAAGAGAGUGGUAUCAACAAGAGAAAGCUAAGAGAACCUUCCGAUCAGCCACCGUCUCCACCGUCCAUUUUACCGUCAUCUCCAACGUCAGAGCUAUCGUCACCGUCACCGCCACUUUCAUCCGCGUCGUCUUUCUCAGCUCCAUCGUCGCCCACGUCGCUUGAUUCCCCAAUCACACGGCUGAAAAUGACCAACACUGAUUAGAAAUCACCAGACCCGGCCCGACCCAUACCAUGGCAACUCACUUUUUUUCGGGUCGAAAACCGCAACUACCCGUUUUAACGGUUUUGUUGAAUUUACCACCUCUUUUUUCUGCGUUUUUUUUUCCGUUUGCCUUGAUUUUGUUUCUUUGUUCACUUUGUUGAUAUGUGACUGUGAGUUACACUCAUUAAUACUACUGAUUACUAAUUACAUUCAUAAUCGUUA